AUGAACCGCGACCGACGCGCCAUUGACGACCGUGUGGGUAAAGCCUCCGACGGCGACGCGUCCGCACCCGCGAAGAGGGCCGAGGUACGCGACGGUCCACCCGAUGAAUCCCCCCGACGAACGAAGAUCGGAUUGGGCACCCUAGAUUCAACCCUAGAUUCCUCCUCGUCGUUCCGACUUCGCGCCCCAAACGCCGACUCCCCUCACGAAGCCCGCCCCGUUCAUCCCACGCAGCCGCUGUCGCUCGAGGAGCUCCUCAAGAAGCGCAAGGAGGACGCCGAGGCCAAGGCCAAGCCCACGUUCAUGAGCAAAAAAGAGAGGGAGGAGGCGGCGCUGAAGCGAUUGGCGGAGCAGAGAGCCGCGGCGCAGGCGAGGCGCGACGGCGCGAUAAACGGCGUAGACGCCGGCGACUGGGCCCGCGAGCGACGCCGCGAGGAGGAGCGCAAGCGCGAGGCCGAGCGGCGCAGGCUGCGGGACGAGAAGGCCAGGGAGGCUGAGCUCACGCAGCUGAAAGAGGCGUACAUGGGCGCGGAGAAGGUUAAGAAAAAAGUCGUCAAGGCUUCCGACCGGUUCAAGUUCAAGUUUGACUGGGAGAGCGCCGAGGACACGUCCCGGGAUCUCAACCCGCUGUACGACAAGAAGCACGACGCCGCGCUGCUCUUCGGCCGCGGACUGCGCGCGGGCGUGGACAGGCGCGAGCAAAAGACGCAAAACGCGGCGCACCAGAUGAACCUCGUGUCUCGAUCUCGAGCAGACGCGGGCGACGCGAUGACCAAGGCGGAGGUGCGCCGUUGGGACUCCCGGCGCAGGGACGAGGACGAGGCGUACGAGCGCGCGGAGCGUCGCAUGGCGUCGAAGCACUGGAGCGACAAGGCGCUGGACGAGAUGAACGAGCGCGACUGGCGAAUCUUCCGCGAGGAUUUCAACAUCACGACCAAGGGCGGGCGGCUUCCUCUGCCCAUGCGCUCGUGGGAGGAGAGCACGAUGCCGGAGCAGGUGAAGCGCGCCAUACAAAAGGUGGGAUACGCCAAGCCCUCGCCGAUCCAGAUGGCGUCCAUUCCGAUCGGCCUGUUGAAGCGCGACGUCAUCGGCAUCGCGGAGACGGGUUCCGGAAAAACGUGCGCCUUUGUCGUGCCCAUGCUCGCGUACAUUCAGGAGCUGCCGCCCAUGACGGACGAGGUGGCGGCGUUGGGGCCCUACGCCCUGGUCAUGGCCCCGACCCGCGAGCUCGCGCAGCAGAUCGAGGAGGAGACGGUCAAGUUUGCGCAGUUUAUGAACUACAGGGUGGCGUCCGUCGUGGGCGGGCAGAGCAUCGAGGAGCAGGGGUUCAAGCUUCGGCGCGGGUGCGAGAUUGUCAUCGGGACUCCCGGGCGCAUCAUCGACGUCUUAGAGCGGCGGUACACCGUGCUUCAGCAGUGCAACUACAUCGUGCUGGACGAGGCGGACCGGAUGAUCGACAUGGGCUUCGAGCCGCAGGUCAUAUCCGUCAUGGACUCCAUGUCGGCUGAAUCGCUCAAGCCCGAGGAGGAAGCCGAAAAGAUCGACGAGCAGGGACUGGAGGCUAGCCUCGGCACCAAGUACCGCAUGACGUACAUGUUCUCUGCGACGAUGCCCCCGAGCGUGGAGAAGCUGGCGAGGAAGUACAUGCGCAACCCCGCGGUGGUGACCAUCGGAAGCGCGGGCAAAACCUCGGAUCUCAUCAAGCAGAUUGUGCAGUGGACCACUUCAAACCAAAAACCGGCGCAGCUGGAGCUGGUGCUGUCGCAGUACCCCGACACCCAGGCGAUCAUAUUCGUCAACACCAAGAGGGUCGUGGACCACGUCUCGAACCUGUGCUUCAAGAUGGGCUACAGCGUGGGCGCCAUCCACGGCGGCAAGAGCCAGGAUCAGCGCGAGGAGUCGCUCAGGGGGUUCAAGCAGGGGGAAUACGACAUCCUGGUCGCCACCGACGUCGCCGGUCGCGGCAUCGACGUCAAGGGCAUCGACCUGGUGGUCAACUACGAGAUGCCGCUCGUCAUCGAGAACUACACGCAUCGCAUCGGUCGCACGGGUCGCGCCGGGCGGCAGGGCACGGCCGUCUCGUUCUUAACCUCCGAGGACACCGACGUGAUGUACGAGCUCAAGGAGCUGCUGACGAACAGCGGGAACCACGUUCCGGGCGAGCUGGCGAAUCACCAGGCUGCCAAGGUGAAGCCCAUGCGCGACGCCAAGGGCAACAAGAUGACCCGCGACCAGUACAUGGGCAUGCAGGACAUCAUCCACUAA